CAUCACAUUGAACCACUUCAUGUCCUUCAUGGAUUAAAAUUCAAGAACAGGGAGCACGAAUUCAGAGAGAAAGAUAAUGGGAGAUUGCAGGCCAUUAGGGUUUUUGUUAGGACUUCCUUUUGCCUUGCUUGCAUUGAUCUUGGCCAUUGUUGGUGCAGUAAUAUGGCUCAUUGGGGCUAUAUUGAGUUGCUUGUGCCCAUGUUGUGUGUGCUGUGCUGCCCUAGCCAAUUUGGCCAUGGAUGUUGUGCAGCUUCCUGUUAGAAUACUUAGAUGGUUCGUUGAUGAGAUCCCUUGUUAAUACUGCUGAUGAUCUCUAUGAUCUCAGUUUGUUUGUUGACUGCACGUUCCCUCAAUAAUCUUCUGCAAUUGGAUUUUUUGGUAAUUUUUUAUGGUUUAAAAACAAUGAUACUUGUAACUAGAGAUGCCCAAACUUUGUAGUCUU